UUAAAUUAAAAUAUCUUAAUAUAACAAAUGGUAUACUUUCUGAUUGGUGCACCUCAUAAGUCAAAUGAAUAAUAGGCUUGGUUAGAGAUGGAGAAACAUGUUUUGACAUCAGGGAUAUCAAGAUAAGCUAAAGGAAGGCUUUUGCAGACUGAUAUUGGAAAAUUCAAGUUGGGUAAUUUGGAUCACUUGAUGUUCAUCAACGAUAGUUUAUUGAAAUAAGAAUCAGUAGUAGAGAGUUUGUUGAAGAAGAUUGAGAGAUAGUAUUUGGAUGUAACAGAGAAAGUUAGUUAUGAUUUCACAAUUGAAUUGAAAGAUGGAUCAUGUAUAUUAAGAAAUAAUUAUUCCUAGAGAGUAUUGAGAAUUUCUUAUUCUAAUUUAAAUGGAAUGAUCAAACAUUUCCCAGAGCAUCUGCAUUAACCGAAUUGGUGAAGGCAAUUUCAUCGGUAUAAGAAUUUAUUUAUGCUGAUUAGAGAGCUACUCACGUGGAAACAGAUUUAAGAUAGAAAUCAACAAGUUAUUAAGAGUUGAAGAAUUAGAGUUAAUAAGUAGCCAAGAAAGAAGGAAAUUUAUUAGUCAGAGACUUAGUUGAUGUAUUAAAAGAACCUAUUGUUAAACCAAGAGAUUUCAUUUAUAGCGAUUUUCUAACUACUUUAGUUGCUAUUGUACCUAAGACUUAAAUUUAAGAAUGGUUAGCUUGUUAUGAGUUUUUAUGUGAAAAUGUUGUACCUUAAUCAGCUAGGUAUUUAUGACACUAUAUUACAUAGAUAAUUCUAAAUUGAAGAUAAGGAUAACUUAACCAUUUGGAGAGUAGUUAUUGUUAAGCAAUCUUUCGAUAAAGAUUAGGAUCUUGAAGUUGCUGAUAAAGGUGAUGAGGAAAAGGGAAAAAAUAAAAAACCAACACCAGUUGAAGAAUUCAUCUAAAAAGCUAGAGAUAAGUUGAGAAUCACUGUUAAAGAAUUUGAAUACAAAUCUUAAGAAUCUAAAGAAAGAGAAAAAUUAAGAUUGGAUCUUAAAUCUAAAUCAGAUCAUAUGAAUGUAUCUCAUAAUAAAUUAUAAUUAUAUAGACUACAUUAAAACAAGCAUGCGAAAAAGCAUUUAGUGAUUUAUAUAUUACAUAUAUGCAUCUAAAAGUACUUAGAUUGGUUGUAGAUAUUGCUAUGAGAUUUGGAGCAGCUGAACCUAACAUUCAAUGCAUUAUUAAAGUAUGGUUUAAUUAUGAACAAUUUUUAGCCAGAUUAAGGAAAAGAGAAGAAAGUAUAAUAAUCCCUUUUGAAAUUGUACGCAGAUCCAUCUCAAGUAGGAUUAUAUGGAACAAAAGAAGAAUUAGAAGAUACCGAGGAUUUCUUCCCAUUUGUAUAUGUUCCAAUUAACAUUCCAUGAAUUCUAAUUUUUAGGAAUAGAGAUUUAUCCAAAUACAAAAACAAUUAUUUG